AUGACUGAUUCCGGAAAACUCCACUACUUUCUUGGCAUUGCAAUCACGAGAAAUGCUUCAGGCUUGUUUCUCUCUCAACGGAACUACGCCGCCGAUAUCCUACACCGCGCCAACAUGACCAACUGCAGCUCAUGCACAACCCCUGCCGACUCACGCACCAAACUAGACGCAGCUGAAGAACCAUUUGUUCCUGACCCAACCCUUUACCGCAGUCUUGCCGGAGCACUUCAAUACUUGACCUUUACGAGACCUGACAUCUCCUUUGCGGUCCAGCAAAUAUGUCUCUUCAUGCAUGAUCCCCGCGAGACGCAUCUCGCUGUACUUAAAUGUAUCCUCCGCUACAUCAAGGGUACUCUCGAUUACGGACUCCAGCUCUACCCAUCUACCACUUUGGGCAGGUUUCCCAUCUACACGACGCUCCACCUCCGGAUAUUGCAUCUUCCACGGGAUAACUUGAUCUCAUGGUCCUCCAAGCGACAACACACCGUCUCUCGCUCCAAUGCUGAAUCAGAAUACCGCGGUGUCGCUAACGUCAUCGCCAAGACCACUUAG